AUUUAUUAUGGUUGUAGUUCAAAGAUCCAUCAUUUGGUCACCUCAUGAAGGUCAAAACCAAUUUCUUGCUGGUGGAACUGAAUUAAAAUUAUAUGAUUGGAUUCCAGAAACAAAUGACUCACCAGGAAGAGCACGUUAUAUAUCAACUAUACCAGAUAUUACUUUAAUGAUGGUAUAAUAUAUAUAUAUAUAUGGCAUAUUUCUUUCUUUCUGUCCUUUAUUUUUUCUUUUGACAACCUACAUCUUUAGUGUGCUGAUUGGUCUCCAGAUCCUAAUUAUCCAGAUUUAGUAGCAGUCGGCUUAACGACAGGAAGAACAUUACUUGUACGAAUGCAAGAGCAUUCUUUAACUGAUUAUCCCAACUCAGACGGACUUGAUAUACCUACACAACAACAACAACAACAAGCAAGAACAUCCCAUUUUAAUACUAAUACUAAUACUAGUAUUACAAAUAAUAAUACAGAAUUCAUUCAUCAUCAGCAACCAAAGCAAUAUCCUUCUUUAGGCGUAAAAUUAUCUCGUUCUAGUAAUGUAGUAUCUUUCUCAAAAACACAUCCUCAUUUGUUAGCUGCCGGACUUGAUAAAGUACGUAAUGAUCCAUGUCUUUUAGUUUGGGAUGUUACUCGAUCUAUAGAUAGUUAUUGUAAUACACCUACUGGACCUCAAACGCCUAACGCACAAGUAGCCUUUCCAGUUGUAAGAGGUUUUACACAACAAGAAUCUCGUGCUUCUAUUACAAACCAAUGGAGAAUAGAUAAUGGAAGAAAUAAUAAUCAUACAGACAGUUAUGAGGAUAGAGCACGAUAUAAUGAUAUUCCACCUAUUUCAUCUCCAAAUUCUGGAUCACGAGAACAGGGCCCUAUAAGACAAUAUGGUUCAUCAGAAGCUAUUUCAUCUUGUGCUUGGUCAGAACAUGAGAAUGCACCAUUACUUAUUGCAGGCAUGGGUAAUAAAUACGUUCGAGUAUAUGACAUUCGAGCAGAUCUUGGAUCUUAUCCUUUACAAUUUGCGACAAAGGCAAUACAUGGAAUUGCUAUCGAUCCAUUUUGUCCUUAUCGAUUUGGAUCUUAUACAGAGGAAGGAAUCAUUAAAUUAUGGGAUAUUAGAAAAAAUAAUGAAGCAGUAUUAACACUAAGCCCCGAAAAUAAAAACAAUCUUUCAAAGAUUGUAUUUUCACGUACUCAGCCUGGAUUUUUAGCGUCUUUAACAAAAGAUGAAAGCCAUAUUGAUUUAUGGGAUAUACAAGAAACAAGUUCUUUACAAGCUGCAUUAAAUUCAUCUGUUCAAAGGCCAACGACUACGAUUCAUUCUAAUACAACACCUCUUUCAAUGAAUGCAUCUACAAAUAUGAACAAGUUAGAGAGAGGUUUAUCUCAGAGUGUACUUCAAACAUUAUCAGAUGAUGAAACCUUAAGCAUUCCUGUACUUUGGAAAAGUCGUAAAACAAAGUCAAGUAUGAAACGAUUUGCCUCCUUUGUCUUUAUUCCACCUUCUCAUUCCAGUUCAUCCUUACCAAACACACAUCAUAUAUUAACUAUACAUACAGACGGGAAAUUCGAAUCUAUUAAAGUACAAGAGACAUGUCAAAUUGCUUGGCAACCUAAAGGAGGUAUGAUGAUGACUGGUAAAAUAGGAUCACUCUAUUAUCAUCCAGCUUCUCCAGAAGAUAAAAUAAUAGAAAACAUUCAUUUGGAUAAUGAUAACCCACUAUCUGAAAUAAGUAAACAAGAAUCAAUUAUAACAAGUAAAGACAAGUCAUUAGUAAAAGAACUUAAUAAUGACAUUUCAGUAGUAAUGAGAAAAAGGUUAUCAGAAGGAUAUUCUAUGGAUCCUUCAAAGAACUUAUUAAUUAUAAAAGAGGAUCGUAAAUUAAGAGAGUUAUGGACAUGGAUCAAGAUUGCAGAUAACGUAGCAUCAAAAUUAUCUAAAAUUGGUUCCAUGGAUUAUAGUUUUCAUGGUGUUUAUGGUAUUUGGAUGAGUUCACAAGCUCAUAGAAAUCAUUCAUCAUCUUCAGCCUCAUCUCGACUAGAUUCAACUCGUCAAAUAUCUCAUAACCGAAAAGAAGUAGAAAAUUUAGAAACAACGAAUGAUAGUUUUCUAUUACCUAUGGUAGAAACGAAUAAAUUAUUGCAACGAAAUCUUGCUUUAACCACUUGUGGGUUUACUUUAGAUAUUAGAGAAUUUGAACAAGAGCUAGUAGAUCUUGAAUCUAAGGGAGAAUAUGACAAAGCUGCUGGUUUAGCCUUGUUUCAUGGUAUUCCUGAAAGAGCUAUAAGUGCUUUAAGUAAUGCUAAAGGAAAAGAUCCCAAAGAAGAACAACAACAUAAAUUAAUGUCAGCCAUUUUAGCAAGUUAUCAAGCUAAAGGAAUAGAAGAAAAUAAUACAUGGAAAGAAAUUUGUGAAUCAUUAAGUAAUGAUAUGAUAGAUAGACCUUAUUUACAAACCAUAUUUGCAUUCAUUGCUUCUAAUGAUUGGUAUCGAGUAUUAAAUGAACAUUCUUUACCACUUCGAGAACGUAUGGCUGUUGCUUUACGUGUAUUAAAUGAUGAAGAGUUAUCAACUUAUUUGAAUAGAAUAUUAGAUGAAUUAGUUCAAGAAGGAGAUGUAGAAGGAGUAGUUGUGACUGGGUUAACACCGAAAGGAAUAGAUUUAUUUGAGAAAUCACUUGAUAGAUAUGGAGAUGUUCAAACAGUAAGUUUAGUUAUGAGUUAUGUUGUACCCAAACGAUUUAAAGAUGGUCGAGUAGAAGAUUGGGUCGAAAAUUACCGACAAUUAAUGGAUCGAUGGCAAAUGUGGCAUGAAAGAGCUAAAUUUGAUAUUCAACGUGGACAAAAAAUGAAUGCAAGUGAGAUUGCUCCACCUCAAAUUUAUGUUCGCUGUAAUUUUUGUGCACAGUCUUUAGGUCAUAGUCUUGUUAUACAAAAUGCAAGAAAUAGAGAAGGAAAGAGAAUGAAUGUACAAACAAGCAAUCCUGGUGGACGAGCUUCUGGGAAACAAAAGAAUUCAGUAUGUUUAAGCUGUAGAAAGCCAUUACCCAGGUGUGCUCUCUGUUUACUGCAUAUGGGGACACCUAUAGAUCAAUUAAGACAAACGAUCAUGAUGAAUGAUACUCAUAAAGUUGAUCCAGCAGGAUUUGAUCUUUGGUUUACUUGGUGUCAAACAUGUAGACAUGGUGGACAUGCAAUACACAUGUUUGAAUGGUUUCAAAAGCAUUCUAUUUGCCCUGUUAGUAAUUGCACGUGUCAAUGCCAAUUGUAACCUACUUUUCCCCCUCUCCCCUUAAUUGGGAUAAUAAAAGAUUAUGCAGUUGAUGCGUACAACAAUAAAUGAUUAAGAC